UUUCUCCUCACAGUGUCGGCAGAUUAUCAGGAGGAGGUGAAGUGACAACUGGCUGUGAACUGAAUGUGUUUUUCAAGUGUUCGUUUAGUGAGAAGCAGAUUAAUGAGGACUUUGUGGUUGUUGUAGUUUUUACAGGAAGAUGAAGAUGUUUGUGGUGUUUGUGAUCCUCGUGCACGUUUCCCAGCAUGCCUCAGCUGUGGAGCUCUAUGAGGGGGAGGAGUUUGUCCUGCUGCCCUGUGAGUAUCAAACUUUUGAACUGGACGACCCCACUGUGGUGUGGAGCCGCUACGAUCUCAAUCCUCCAACCGUCCACCAGCGUCAGCAGGAAGGUGAUGAACUUAAAGACCAAAACCAGCUUUACAGCGGCCGAACAUCCAUGAUGGCUGACGCUCUGGAAACUGGAGACCUCAGCCUCACUCUGACAAAACUCCGCCUCUCUGACAGCGGCAACUACACCUGUACCGUCAGAGCAUUUCAGAGAGAACAGAAAGUGAGAAACAUACAGCUGCAGGUCAAAGUUUCCCAGCAUGCCUCAGUUGUGGAGUUGUAUGAGGGGGAGGAGUUUGUCCUGCUGCCCUGUGAGUAUCAAAUGUCUGAACUGGACAACCCCACAGGGGUGUGGAGCCGCUACGAUCUCAAUCCUCCAACCGUCCACCAGCGUCAGCAGGAAGGUGAUGAACUUAAAGACCAAAACCAGCUUUACAGCGGCCGAACAUCCAUGAUGGCUGACGCUCUGGAAACUGGAGACCUCAGCCUCAGUCUGACAAAACUCCGCCUCUCUGACAGCGGCAGCUACACCUGCACCGUCAGAGCAUUAGGAGGACAACGGAGAGUGAGAGACAUACAGCUGCAGGUCAAAGAACGGUUUCCAUCCUGGGCCACAGCUCUCCUGGUUCUCCUGGUUCUCCUGGUUCUCGGUCUUAUUGUUGGGGGUUUUUUUGUGUAUUUUCAGCAAUAUUUCAUGUCAGUCUACAAGGUGGAGGUGGAUUCAGGGGAGGAGUCUGUCCUGCUGCCCUGCAAAACCACAGUUCACCUGCUAAGGCACGUCACAGUGGAGUGGACGGACAGUCACAACAGGAAGGUCCAUGUUUAUCAGAACGGUUCUGAUCAGCCUGAAGAACAGAACCAGUAUUACAGAGACCGAACAGAGAUAAAGAGAAACCUGCUGGAACCUGGAGACCUCAAUCUGACCCUGAAAUAUCCCACAAACAGAAACAGUAACACCUUCACCUGCACCGUCUACAACAGGGAGAGAAAGAUCCUGAUGAAGAAACAAGUGCUUCUUGAGGUCAAAGUCUACAAGGUGGAGGUGGAUUCAGGGGUGGAGUCUGUCCUGCUGCCCUGCAAAACCACAGUUCACCUGCCUGAGGACGUCACAGUGGAGUGGAAGAACAGAUACAACUGGAAGGUCCAUGUGUAUCAGAACGGCUCUGAUCAGCCUGAAGAACAGAACCAGUAUUACAGAGACCGAACAGAGAUGAAGAGAAACCUGCUGGAACCUGGAGACCUCAGUCUGACCCUGAAAUACCCCACAUACAGAGACAGAGAAACCUACACCUGCACCGUCUACAACAGGGAGAGAAAGAUCCUGAUGAAGAAACAAGUGCUGCUCUCGAUCAAUGACUGUCAGGUGGAGGUGGAGGAGGGGGGCGGAGUCUGUCCAACUGCCCUUUAAGACCACAGCCGACCUGCCUGAGGAUGCUGAAGUGGAGUGGGUGAAAGGCAUCUACAGUAACAUGACAGUCCAUGUGUAUCAGAACGGUUCUGACCGGCCUGAAGAACAGAACCAGGAUUACAGAGACCGAACUGAGAUGAAGGAAGACCUGCUGAAAACUGGAGACCUCAGUCUGAUCCUGAAAUACCCCAAAGAGAGAGACACAGGAAGAUACCGCUGCAACGUCAACAAUAAGAAGGAAGACACCAGAUGCAUCCAGAGAGGGAAAUCAGUGCAGCUCACAGUCAGAGGGAGAACCAGGAACAGAAGCAGCUCCAUUGAUCCAACUCCUCUGAUGGCUGAUCAGUCUGUUUGAUUGGUCUGUUGAUCAAUCUUUGAUUAUUGAUCUUGUUGAUUUGAUUGUUUGAUUUAUCUGAUCUGACUGAUUAAUUUACUUUGAUUGAUUAAUUACUUGGCUUUUCUGCCCAUAAUCUCAUGUUGUUUAUUAUUUUUAGUUGUCUUUGAUUUUGGUGUUUUCAAGUUCAAUAUGUAUAUAUCCUCUUACUGUUAAUACUCAGUAUUGAGUAUUGAAUGAGUUCUACACAGAAAUAUCCUAAAUGUUAAUAUAUAGACCUACUGUGUAUAUUUUUAACUACUUACAAUAGAAGUUCAGUAAACUCAAUUAAAUGCAGUCAGACCAACAUGAAGCCAUUUAACCAUGUGGAAAUACUUUCUCUGAUUGAAUGAAGUUAUCGUUUGAGUGUCAGUCAGCUGAACUGUUCUCAUGUGUUUGAAUCCAUAAAGUGUUGUGAGCAGAUGAGUUAUGGAUUUGAUAAUUUCACACUCUGUUUAGAGAAUCAUGAAUAUUGAGGAGAACAACUGUAAAUAAAGCUCAAAUGUACAGCGCCCCCAUGUGGCAGA